AUGUCGAUAGACAAGAGUUGGAUUAACAAUUCAAAUCGAUUGUCUAAUGAUUAUGAAAGUGGGGCUUUGGCUUUUGUUGAGAGAGCUAGGCAAUUCGUAGACUCGAGGGGAUUGGUGAAAUAUCCUUGUAAUAAGUGUGUGAACGUCGAAUUUCAAACGAUUGAUGUCUUAGAAAGUCAUCUCUUUGUAAAUGGCUUCUUACGGAGUUAUACCAAUUGGAAUUGGCACGGUGAAGAGGAAAUAAUACCAACAAGAACCGCAGAUGUAAUAGAGGAAGAUGAGAUGAUAGAUAUUGUUAGUGACAUUAUGCAACAUGCCAAUGAUGUAGAUGAAGAGAACGAGCAUGAGGAGAUUCCUAAGCAAGGAUUUAAUAGUAGAGUAGAUUAUAGUGAUUUAUUUGAGGAGAUAGGAGCUCCAUUAUUCCCUGGAUGUCAAAAAUACACAUCAUUAAAUUUCAUGGUGAAGAUGAUGCAUUUCAAAGUCUUAGGAAAGAUUCCUGAGAAAAUAUUUGAUGGAAUAUUGGAGUUAUUACAUGAUGCGUUUCCAGCCCCGAACAAACUUCCCAAAACGCAUUAUGCGGCAAGAAAGUUGAUGCGUAAAUUAGGGCUAGGGUACGAAAAUAUCCAAGUUUGUCCGAAUAAUUGCACAUUAUUUUGGAAAGAACAUGCUGGAAAAUCAAAAUGUCCUAUUUGUGGGGAGGAUCGAUGGGUGGACAAUAACACCAAGGGUAAGAAAGUGUCGCGUAAAGUGAUGCGUUAUUUUCCUUUAACCCCUCGGUUAAUGCGAAAAUAUGCAUCGAGGCAUAUUGCUCAACACAUGAGAUGGCAUCAUGAGGAACGUAUCAAAGAAGAAGGUGUGUUGCGCCAUCCUGCAGAUGGGGAGGCUUGGAAGGAUUUUGAUCGAAAUAAUCCAACGUUUGCAAUGGAACCAAGGAAUGUGCGUUUAGGUUUGGCUGCUGAUGGAUUCAAUCCUUUCGGUAACAUGAGUCAAUCUUACAGUAUGUGGCCAGUUGUGUUGACGACGUAUAAUUUGCCGCCGUGGUUGUGUAUGAAAGAGACUAAUUUCAUGUUGAGCCUAUUGAUUCCCGGUCCUAAUUCGCCUGGAAAGGACUUUGAUGUUUUCUUAAGGCCAUUGAUUGAUGAAUUGAAAGAAUUAUGGGUGUCUGGUGUACGUACUCGAGAUGCUGUUGAUGGUAGUUCCUUCAAUCUUCGGGCGGCCUUGUUGUGGACUAUAAAUGAUUAUCCAGCAAGGAGUAGUCUCUCUGGAUGGAGUGGUCAAGGCUACUAUGCUUGUCCUACAUGCAAUGUGGCAACACCUUCUAUUCGUUUGCAUAAAAAGAUUGCUUAUUAUGGCCAUAGGCAUUUUUUACCAAUUAAACAUCGUUUUAGAAGAAACAAGAAAGCAUAUGGCACUGUUGAAAAGAGACCACCACCGGAGGAACUAAGUAUGGAAGAUAUGUUCACACAAAUGAGUUUUAUACCAGAAUCUCUUCCUGGUAAACAUGAAAGUUAUGGCGGGCAAAAAAGAAAGCGUACAGAAGAACAAGUUGGUUGGAGAAAAAAGAGUAUAUUCUUCGAGCUCCCAUAUUGGGACAACAUGAAGCUACGUCACAAUCUAGAUGUUAUGCAUGUUGAAAAAAAUGUGUGUGAUAGUUUAGUAGGCACAAUAGUUGGGUUGGAGAAUAAGACCAAAGAUACAAUUAAUGCUAGAUUAGACCUCGAAAAAAUGAAUAUAAGACCAGAGUUGCAGCUGAAAAGAGUAAAUGGCCGAUUCCAAAAACCUGCUGCAAAGUACACCUUCACACCAAGGGAUCGAAAUUUUUUUUGUCAAUUUCUUAAAUCAGUCAAGUUUCCAGAUGGUUUUGGAUCUAACCUAACAAAAAAUGUGAUUGAUAAUGACAAUAAGAUCACUGGUUUAAAAUCACAUGAUUGUCAUAUCAUCAUGCAACGCCUUUUACCAGUUGGUGUGAAUGCAUUUUUAGAUAAAUCAUUCAGCACACCAAUUAUUGAGUUAUGCACUUUCUUCAAACUUAUAUCUGCUAGAACUCUACUAGUCUCAGAUUUAGAAAAAGCAAAAACAUCAAUACUUGAGAUUGUUUGCAAGUUAGAAAACAUUUUUCCUCCAGCUUUUUUCGAUAUUAUGGUUCAUCUAGUCAUUCAUUUACCACAAGAAGCAAUACUUGGAGGCCCAGUUCACAUGAGAUGGAUGUAUCCAUUUGAGAGAUACAUGAAAAAGUUAAAGAAUUAUGUUCGUAAUAAAGCACGCCCGGAAGGGUCAAUAGCAGAAGGAUAUGUGAUGGAUGAGGCAUUAACAUUUUGUUCAAUGUACUUGAAAGGAGUGGAGACACGAUUUAAUCGUCCAGAUCGAAAUGUAGAUGUUGUUCCAUCACUUUCAAAAUUAUCAGUUUUUCGGUCUCAAGGUCGUCUAAUCGGUAAGAAACAAUUGAGACCCCUAGGUGAAGAAGAGAAGAAAACAGCUGAGUGGUAUGUUCUAAAUAAUUGUGCUGAGAUCGCACCAUAUAUUCAAGAACAUAUGAAUAUUCUUCUUUCUAGAGGGGUUGAACACUUAGAACAAGUACAACGGAAUGAAUUUUCUUCUUGGUUUUAUAACAAGCUUUAUGAUCUUCGAAGAUUAGGAUCUCCAGAGGCAUCUGAUGAGUUAUUCUCUUUAGCAUCGGGGUCCUCCAAUCUUGUUGCCUCGUACCCUGGGUGUGUUGUAAAUGGAGUUAGAUUUUUGUGUCUUAAGAGGGACGAGAACAAGAAAACUCAAAACAGUGGUGUUUCUGUAGUGGGAGUUGAAAAUAAAACUUAUUAUGGCCAAUUGGAAGAAGUUAUUGUGAUGUCAUAUCUCAGUGGAUUUUCUGUUGUAUUAUUUAAGUGUAAAUGGUUUGACACUAGUCGACCCUCAGGAAGAUUAAAGUCUGAACAAAACAUCAUUAGUAUCAACACUAGUUUUGAGGGAUUCAAAGAUGAUAAAUUCAUUUUAGCAAAUCAGGCUAACCAAGUUUUCUACAUUGAGGAUCUCAAAAACAAAUUUGACUGGAAAGUCAUCCAAGAAGUUCAUCAUCGAAAUGUGUGGGAUAUUCCGCAAAUUGAUGAACAUUUGGAGGAUAUUGAAGUGGAUGUUAUGCAUGAUACAACUUCAUCUGAUUUCCAAUUGUUUGUUGAUCUUGGUCCAUUACCAGAGAUCAACUUUCAACGUAUAGGGGCUCCAACAGAGUUUGUGGAUAUCGAUAAUAAUCCACUCGAUGAGGAUGACACGGAUGAAGUGGAGGAGGAAGACAUAGAUGAAGUAGAUGGUGAAGAGAUGGAAGAAGUAGUGGAGGAAGACAAAGAAGAAGCAUAUGAGGAAGAUGAAGAUGACAAUGAGAGCAACACUAAAAUUGAUAAUUCAGAAGAAAUUUAUAAUGAUGAUGAUUAUUAUAGUGAUGAAUAA